AUGUCUUCAAAGUCGAAGCCAAAUCCGCUGCCUCUGGGUGAUACUCUUCGCGAUCUCGCACUCUUGCGGGCUUCGGAAUGUGACUUGUCCUCUCUCCUGCCUCCAAAGCCUCUCGCCUAUAUCCCGAGGGCAGAUGCGUCCUCAUCAGAAUCUGAACAGACGCAAGACAGCGUGAACGAGUCAGUGGAGAAGUCGUAUGAAUUCGCGCGGGAGGCGCGGGCGGUGAUGAAGCUGCUCCAUCGGGAAGAAGUGGUGAAACAGGGCUCUCGUCUGGAGGAUGUGAGGAGUGGAUUGGAGGAUCUUUUACGUGGUUUGGAGGACAGCAAGCGGCCGUCCUAG